AUGAGAAAGAAAAAAACGUUAAAGGUUAGCAUUAACGAAAUUAAAAAAUAUUGCCCGUUUAUAAAGAAUGUACAAUUAUUUUAUAACAGCAACGAAAAUAAAAAUAAUGUUGUUCUAUCAGUAAUGUCUAAUUUAUGUCCAAUAGGAAAGGCUAUCAAUGAAAAACACUUAAUAAUAAUAGACAACAAAUCAAAGAUAAAUAUUUUCAAAAUUCUCAGAAAAUCUAACAUCAUAUCAAGACAUCUAGUGGAUUCUUUGGAUACUGAUAAUGAGGAAAUUGACAUAAAAACGACAGCAAAAUGUGAUGAGGAAGGAAGUCCUAAUAAAAUUGGCACUGGAAAUACUUGUCGAAGUAGUUAUGGCAUCACCACUAACUUUCGCAGAAAUUAUGACAACACUAGGACUAAAGCUCAUGGUACCUACGAAGAGGAACACACCUCACAUGAAGCCUGUCUCUGCGACAGGUGGAAUAUAAACUACACAAGAACGAAUAUGCAUCCGAUUGUAGAAAAUAAGCAAAGCAGUUUACUUACAGAAGAAGGAGAUUCCAAUAUACUAUUUCAUAAUCAAUGUUCUAAGGAUUUGAAAGAACUUAUAAAUAAACUUUUUUUGGACAAGAGAUAUAGAGUGUUUACCAUAUUAAAUAAAUGCAGAAAAUAUUAUCCAAAUGUAUAUAUAGAAAAUAAUAAAUUAUUUCUUCCCAGUUUUUACGAGUUUUAUCAAAAAUUUGGCUACAAGCCAUGCAUAGGAAAUGUCACAUACAGGGUUAAGGGAAAUUUUGAUUUGCCCAUGAAUGGAUUGAAUAGUAUUACUAAUGGAAGUGAACAUAUGCAGUGCAGCGAACAAAAUCUUAGCUACAAAGGGGAUGAGAGACAUAGGAACAAAGGUGAAGAAAGUAAAUUAUUAAAUAAAGGAUGCACUCUUAUCAUAUCUUCAAAGAAAGAAGAUGAAAAUAUGUGGAAUAUAUGGAAUCUAAAUGCUACUAGGAGUAAGACAACGAACGAGAAAACCGUUGUAUGGUGUUCGAAUGAUUAUCUAUGUUUGUCAAAUAAUCAAAAAGUAAUAGAUGUAGGAAUAGAAACGCUUAAAAAAAUUGGGAAUAGCAGUGGCGGAACAAGGAAUAUCUCAGGAAGUUUACUAAAUCAUACACAUUUGGAAUAUAUUUUAGCCAAAUGGUUUAAUAAAGAAAGUGCAUUAUUAUUUACCUCUGGAUAUAUAGCCAAUGUUGGGGCGUUAGAAACGUUAGGAAAAUUGCUAAACCUUGUUUUUGUAUCUGACCAAAUGAAUCAUGCAUCUAUAAUUAAUGGUAUCAGAGAAUCGAGAUGCGAAAAAUACAUUUUUAAGCAUAAUGACAUGGUUGAUUUAGAAAAUAUUUUAAAAAAAUUAAGAAUGGAUAAAAAAUAUCAAUAUAGAAAAAUUAUGAUAAUAUUUGAAUCCAUUUAUAGUAUGUCAGGAAAUAUGUCUAACAUUCCACGCAUUGUUCAGCUGGCCAAAAAAUAUAAUGCCCUUACCUAUGUUGAUGAAGUUCAUGCUGUUGGUUUGUAUGGUAAAACAGGUUCUGGGUAUGUAGAAGAAUUACAUCUGUGUGAUCAUAUAGAUAUAAUUAAUGGUACUUUAUCAAAAGCUAUUGGAUCCUUAGGGGGGUUCAUUUGUGCUAACAAAUAUUAUAUUGAUGUUAUUAGAUCCUAUUCACCCCAUUUUAUAUUUACGACUUCUUUAACACCUGUUAAUAUUAACACAUCUGCUGAGGCAAUUUACAUAAUUCAAAAUGAUAUAAAUUUAAGAAAUAAAUUUCGUCAAGUUGUUCAAAAAACAAAAAAAAGGUUGACACAACAAGGAAUACAUAUCAUGGACAAUGAUUCACACAUUGUUGUAGCCUUGAUUAAUUGUGCCGAAAAAUGCAAACAAAUAUGUGAUGAUCUUCUAACAGAGCAUAAUAUUUAUAUACAACCAAUUAAUUAUCCCACUGUUCCAAGCGGGUCAGAGAGAAUUCGAAUAACUCCCUCGCCUUACCACACGGAUGAACACAUUGAAGAACUAGCGAAGAGCCUUUACCACGUGUUCAAAAAAUAUGAAGUCAAUUUGUUUGAUAAGGGGAAUCGACGGGCUGAAAUGAAGCUAUAG